AAUGAAUCAGGAGCGAAAGUUCAAUGAAUUGCCUGUCAUUCCUGACGAAUUCAGUGAUGAUGACGGUGCAUAUUUUGCCGAGACCGACCAAUUUGCUGCAGCUGAUCAUCCCAGUCAGUCUAGCAGAUUAACAACAGGAAGCAAAUAGAAGAGACCAAAGGGAAGAUGUUACUAGGAAGUCAAAUUAUUUUAACAAUCCACCUUCAGAUCUUAACUCUGAUCAUCAAAAGAGCAGCGUAAUCUCAGAAGUUGUUGAAGAAAGAAUUGUAGAACUCUCAGAUUCAGACAAUGAGAUUCAAGAAAACUAUCAAGCUCCAGAUGAAGUAGAAGAAUACCUUGACGUCAACCAAGAGGAGUACCUGAACAGGAACGAAUACAACCUUGAUGAGAACAGCAGAGAUACCGCUGAUCAGUUCAUGAGACAAACUUAUUGUGAUUCCCAGACCGAUGCUCAAAAUAAGUACAUAGACUUCCAACCUAUCCAGGAAGCUAAGAAAGAAGAGGAGCUUACCUCAACUCCUCAAAAUCCUAAAAAUUUUCAUGCUUUAUUCAAAAAGAAAUAUCCAAAUACUAAUAACAAGCUGCACUUAGUGUGGGAAAGAGAGAGGAUUGCCAGAAAGCGUCAAGAACAUAGCCAAAGAGGGAGUAUUUUCACAAUCAAAAAUUUCACAGAGAAAGAACCUCCCUUCUCCACCUCAACAGCUCGAGGAAAGCUGGCAGAGUAUGACUUCAGUCGUCCUUCUAAGAAAUAAAUCUGUUUUCGUUGAAAACCUAAAAUCUAGCGUUCCGAUUCUUUCAGAUCACUAUAGGAACUCGACUACUCAUAAAAAGGCUGCUCUAGGGCAGGAGAACUUCAUUAAUAGGACUUUUAGCCAUAUGAGCCAGAAGAAGAUGAGGGGCUUCGAAGGGUACAUAGAUUACCAGAAGUACGGAGAGACAAGCAAUGACCGGUUGAAUACAUCUUUGUUAGAGAAUAUGAAGUUGCAGAAAAGAAUUAAAGCAGGUAAAGAUAUUCCUUCGGCUUACACUCCAUCUCUACCGACAGAAAAGCAAGGUAGAAGCAGAAUGUUCUACACUUCACAGAUUUUGUAG